AUGGUGGGAAGAUUGUUUCGAAGAUCGCUUUGACGAGUUCUACUCUGGCCGUCGUCAUGUUUUAAGUCACAUUCUUUUUAAGGGUCUGCUUUCGUUUUUGUGACAACUCAAGCGCCAUCUUUUAAACGUUUAGUCUUCGAGGGCAAGAUUAAGAACACAAUGCAGCCGCCGAUUGUCUUCUUCGAUUUGGAGACAACUGGACUGGGUCCAACGUGCGAGUUGGUCCAGCUGGCUGCGGUGAGCGGAGGCCACUUUCUCAACCUCUACACUGUCCCUCGCUGUCGAAUGGAACCGGGCGCCGCCAGGGUGACGGGCCUCAGGGUGCGCCGGCGCAAGCUCUACCUCCACCGCCGCCCCGUCCCCACCAGGACCUUGCGGGAAGUACUGCUGUCCUUCGUCGCCUUCCUGCGAUCGCUCGGACGCCCCCUGCUGGUGGGCCACAACAUCCGCCGUUUCGACUGCCGGCCGCUGGCCCGAGCCCUGGACGAGACGGGCCUCCGGGCACAGUUCGAGGCGUCCGUGGCCGGCUGCGUGGACACGCUGCCGCUCGCCCGGGAGGUGCUGAAGGAGUGCGGCAUGAGCAGCUUCAAGCAAGAGUACCUGGUUAAGGAGCUAAUGGGCAUAGACUACAAGGCUCAUGAUGCUUUGGAGGACGUGCGCUCUUUGCAGAUGCUCUUCAACGUGCUACAGCCCAAGCCGGAAGUGGUUGCACACUACACGUUCAAUCUGAGUGUCGUGCAGGAGGCGACCAGAGCUCCCAAAGGAGAAGGUCUGCUGCCAGGACAGCGCCUCCUUUGGCAGCACCUGGAACAGCCAGUGAAAGACACGGCUGGAAAAGCGGCGGGGCACCACAUAAAUACAAUGGAACCUCCAAAGAGGAAGUGUGUGAUGACAACCAUUGAACUGGAACUGCUAAAAAAUGACCAGAGAAGCUUGCCAAACCCUAUUUUUACUACUUCAAAGAUCUGAAAUGAGGACAACUUGGAAGUCAACCAGCUUUGCGUUCCACUUCAGAGGUUCCACUGGAUAAGAUGGAAGAGGAAGUUGGGUAACAAGCAGUAGUCAAUUCUCCGCACAGUUAUCAAUACAUGUACACUUAAGAGAUAUGCAGCAGGCAUUUCAAAAAUUCCUUAUAGACUAACGAGCUUAUAUGAGCCAAAAGGGAACGUAUACACGGCACAACUUUCGGUUCACCGCACGUACAAAAUGUUGAAUCUUCACAUAUCUCUAUCCCACAACGGUGUCCCUGCAGUUUGCCCUACAAUAAAUAUUUCCACAUUUUUCAUGCACACGUUUCUCCAUUCGUCAUCAGUAUUACAGUAUUUAAGCACGAUCCCACAUUUCAAACAUGUUCCGCAUUCUACACUACUGUAAAUAUUUUUUUACGCAUUCUGCACCAGCAUGUUUCAGCAUUUCCUGGACUAGUGGAAAUAUGUUUCACAAUUCUGCACCAGUGUAAAUCCCUUUCAGGAUUCUUCACCAGUGUUUCAGCAUCGAUCCCUAUUCUGCACGUCUCCACGUUGUGCAGCAAUGUCAAUGUGGGCACGUUUAGGCUAAAUUCAAAUGUUUACGCAUUAUACAUAACAUCAUAAUUAUUAUUCAUGUAAUGCAAAUAUGUUCAAGCAUAAUUAUGUACUCAUGUAAAUGUUUUAUCAUUCUGCACCAAUGAUUGAGUUUCAGCAUCAUGCCACAUUCUGAACUUGUUUCUGCUCCAUAGUAAAUAUGGAUCAGCAUUUUUCACCAGUGUGAACAUGUUUCGGCAUUAUUCCACAUUUCCUAACUCUACACCUGUGUAAAUAUGUUCUCAUUGGUGCAGUAUG